GCCUCCCUUCAGUACAACUCCAAUGGCAAAUGGCGUCACACCUGUGGAGGAUCUCUCAUUGCAACCAACUGGGUGAUGACAGCUGCUCACUGCAUCAGUUCUUCCCUAACCUAUCGAGUGUUUCUUGGGAAAUACAACCUCGCAGAGGAGGAGAAAGGAUCAGUUGCACUUUCUCCAGAAAAAAUCGUUGUCCAUGAGAAGUGGGAUCCACAGAAUGUUGCCAAUGGGUAUGACAUUGCUCUCAUCAAGCUCUCUAAGCACGUGGCCUUGAGUAAGCAGAUCCAGCCAGGCUGCCUGCCCCCUGCCCAAAGCAUCCUGUCCUCCAACACUGCCUGCUACGUGACAGGCUGGGGGAGACUGCAGACAAAUGGACCUCUUCCUGACAUCCUGCAGCAAGGCCUUCUGCUGGUGGUGGAUUAUGCCACCUGUUCCCAGCCUACCUGGUGGGGAAAGACUGUGAAAUCCACCAUGGUUUGUGCUGGUGGGGAUGGAAUCAUCUCCAGUUGCAACGGGGACUCUGGUGGCCCACUGAACUGCCAAGGUGCUGAUGGCAGGUGGGAAGUUCACGGCAUCGUCAGCUUUGGCUCUUCCCUUGGCUGCAACUACUACCACAAACCUUCUGUCUUCACUCGGGUCUCUGCUUACAACAGCUGGAUCCAGGAGAGCUUGGCCUCACACUUUGCUUCUCCCUGUGACAGGAUUGAGUCCUACGACGUGUACAAGGUGGAGACCAUUGGUGAUGCCUACAUGGUAGUGAGUGGCCUGCCAGAGAGGAAUGGCACCAAACAUGCCGAUGAGAUUGCCAAAAUGUCCCUGGAUCUGGUGGCAGCGGUGCGACAAGUUGGGAUCCCUCACAUGCCAACGGGCAAGCUGCAGCUCAGGGCUGGGAUACACACAGGGCCCUGUGUGGCUGGAGUUGUGGGGUACAAAAUGCCUCGUUACUGCCUGUUUGGGGACACAGUGAACACAGCCUCUCGCAUGGAGUCCACCAGCCUGCCACAGAAGAUCCACAUCAGUUCUGCUACAUAUGAAGCUCUUCUCACAGAUGAUGCAUAUGAAAUUGAACUGAGAGGAGAAAUAGAGGUCAAGGGCAAAGGGAAAAUGAAAACCUAUUGGCUUCUUGGUAAUAAGAACUACAGUGUCCAAAAUGACAGCCUGGUGUGUCACUGGAACCCAGAAAUCUCCAAGAAAAAGAAGAUGGAAAGGAGCCAAGGAUCUGUCCAACAACCACACUGA